CAACCGACAACUUCUGCUUCCGUCCAGACGUCCAUCGUUCGGCAACAAAAUACACUUCCGUCACCUGCAUGCAAGCACGCAAGUGUUAAUGGCUUCACCAAACCAUUCGUCAGCCUACGCCAACGCGACGUGUUUCGGUCUUUCCUAAACUCCCAUGUGCCUUCCGUACGUGACUGAAAAGCAAAAAUCGUUCUUUCACCGCCGCAACACGACAAACAUGAUUAUCUCAAACGCAAACAGCCCCGGGAUGCUCUCUACACCUGUCAAAUAAGACCGGAAAGACUCGUCAACACGCCGUUCUCAAAAUCCAAGAUUUCAAGAUGGUUUUCGGACCCAUCCCCAACCGCGAGUACCACGAAGGCUUCAUGCGGAAAGCCAUCGAGAUGGCAGAACUGGCUCUCUCCUCCGAUGAAACGCCGGUAGGCUGCGUCUUCGUCCACGACGGCGAAGUCAUUGGACGUGGUAUCAACGGCACAAAUGCCUCGCUCAAUGGCACCCGCCAUGCCGAAUUCGUCGCCCUGGCCGAGAUCAUGGCCAAGCAUCCCCCAAGCAUCCUCAAGGACACCGACCUGUACGUCACCGUCGAGCCGUGCAUCAUGUGCGCUUCCGCUCUGCGGCAAUUCGGCAUCCGCGCCGUUUACUUCGGCUGCCUCAACGACCGCUUCGGGGGGUGUGGCGGUGUGAUGACCGUGCACUCUGAUCCCGGCGUCGACCCGCCGUAUCCCGUCUACGGUGGCUUGUUCAGGGAGGAAGCGAUCAUGUUGUUGCGCAAGUUUUAUGUGCAGGAGAAUAAUAAGGCACCCGAUCCGAAGCCGAAGAAGAAUCGGGAGCUCAAGACUGAGAUUCUGCCGAUCACGACGCCGAAUGUCGCUACGCCUGGUGGGGGUACGCCUUCGCUAGAGCUCAACAAGCCUAUCCUAGAGAAGGCGGCGGUGGCGGCGAAGGCUCAGAUUACUCAGAUGAAGUAA